UCCGGGGGCAGGCAGUCAUGCGGAUGGAAACAGGAGUGGGCAUACGCUGUGCUGCACUGAGAAGAAACUUCGAGGAAAGAUGCACGAAGAGGAGGAUGGCAGCGAAGCAAACCCCUGCACGGUCUCGCGGAUCGUGGCCUCCAGGUCAGUGGACGUGGCCGAGGUCGAGGGAGCGAAGGAGCAGGUCUCCAAGCUGUGCGGAUACUUGAACAAGCUGUCCGGCAAGGGGCCUCUGAGAGGGUACAAGACGAGGUGGUUCGUGUAUGAUCCGAGGAAAUGUUACUUGUAUUACUUCAAGACUCCCCAAGAUGCCCUGCCGCUCGGCUACAUUGAAAUCGGCGAUGCGUGCUUCAGCUACGACGUGGAGGGAGAGGAGGGUCAGUUUGAGAUCCGCACGACCGGGAAGGAGUUCCUCCUCAAGGCCCCAAGCAGGCAGGUGAUGCAUUACUGGCUCCAGCAGUUGCAGCAGAAACGUUGGGAGUACAGCAACACACGAGGGUCCGGUCAGAGGGACAGCUGGAGCUCCCCGACCCUGGCCUACCCUCCCACCGGCCUCGUAGGCAAAGACAGUGAUGCCUUUGUCUUUGAGAAGCUGAGUGACGGGAUGGAGAAGGUCCGCAGUGACUUUGCCAUAGAGACAGAGACAGAUGGCGGGGGAAUGGUGGGGAUCCAGUCUGCCAGAGGGCCCUCCGCUGUGUCCACCAACCCCCUCAACUUCUCCCUCAGAAACUUUGGUACAGAAAUCAGGAACUCCAUGUCUUAUCUGCGGCCAGGGAGAGGAGGUGAGAACAGACGCAGUGUGUUUUACACUGGGAACAAUAGCUCAGAGGAGUGGGAGCUGGUGGACGCCCCAUCCAAGGACUUCCUUGAACCGAAACAUCAUCCAGACACACACAGACAUUCCUUUGGCUCAGCGUUUACUUUCGACUUUGUGCGCAACUCAUCACGGCCUAAGAAGCCUCUGCUUCGAGAACUGAAGGGCUCUGGGAGGUCUGGGCGCAGCAUUGAGACGCGCAGUGCCGAGAGCUCCCCAGUAGAGAUUAAUGGCAGCAAAUCUUUGGAGAUGCAGCUUCGCCUCCAGAGCCAACAGGAAGAACUAUGCUGCAUGCAGCAGGAAAAGACCAAGCUCAAAGAAGAGCUGGCCAGUCAGAAGGAGCUGGUGAGACUUCUACAGCAGACUCUGAGAACCUCCCAGAGUGACAGACAGCCUGCGAGCAGUGCAGCCCUGGCUUCAGAUUCACCUGUGUCUUCAGACCAGACCCAAGUUUCAGCAGGAACCCAGGAAGAGAUCACUCAGUUGGAGACCCUGCUUCAGGAAAGAGAUGCACAGAUCCAGUCCCUUUGUGGCCACAUGGAGCGUCUUGCCCUGGAGAAGGAUAGUCUGCAACAAGAGCUUAAGUGCCUGAAAAUAAAGGUGGGGGAGAUAAACGACCAACUAGGAAUGUUGAUGGAGACCAUCCAGGCCAAAGAUGAAGUCAUCAUCAAGCUGUCACAGCAGAGCUCCGAGCAGAACAGCAAUCCAAAUGACGCCGGUUCACCAGGUCCAAACAAAGAUCAGCAGGAGCUGGACAUCCUCAGGGACAGUCUUCAAGGCUACAAAUCCCAGAACAAGUUCCUGAACAAGGAGAUCCUGGAGCUGACGCAGUUACGUAGAAAUGCAGAGAGUAGAGAAAAGGCUUUGGAAGCAAAGUACACUUCCCUGGAGGCCAAAUUAUGUCAGGUGGAGAGUAAGUAUCUGGUGCUUCUUCAAGAAGUGAAAGGCCCAGUGUGUUCGUCCUCAGAGCAGAGCCCAGCCCGCGAGGUCAUUUCCAGAUUAUUAGAGGACGCGCUGCAGGCAGAAGGAAAUGACCAACAAGAUCACCCCAUCUUUAAACCAAAUACUGUCAGUGAGUAUGACGUGUAUGGCUUCAAGACGGUGCCUGAAGAGGAGGAGGAGGAGGAGAAGCUGGUGGCGAAGGUGAGAGCUCUGGAGCUGAAGUCCUUAUCCAUGACGGAUCAGGAGGUGUCUGUUGGGGUGAAGUGGGAGAACUUUCUGACCAGCACCAUGAACAGAGACCUGGUGUGCUGCCCUGAGCUCAAAGCCCUGAUUCGCUGUGGUGUGCCCCAUGAGCACCGCUCCCAGGUGUGGCGCUCGUGUGUCUCCUUCCAUGUCAAGAAGUUUCGUGACCUCUUGCCGGCCGACUAUUAUGAAACCUUGUUAAAUGUGGCUCAGGACAAGCCCAACCCGGCCUCAAAGCAGAUCGAGCUGGACUUGCUGCGUACUUUACCCAACAACAAGCACUAUGCCUCCCCGAGUGCAGCUGGCAUCCAGAAACUCAGGAACGUCCUAAUGGCGUUCUCCUGGAGAAAUCCAGAUAUUGGCUACUGCCAGGGACUAAACAGGCUGGCAGCUAUUGCCCUUCUCUAUUUGGACCAGCAGGACGCUUUCUGGACCCUUAUAGCCAUUGUAGAGGUCUUCAUGCCAAGAGAUUAUUACACCAAAACUCUGCUUGGCUCCCAGGUUGACCAGCGUGUGUUCAAGGACCUGAUGAGUGAGAAGUUACCCCGACUUCAUGCUCACUUUGAACACUACAAAGUAGAUUUCUCCCUCAUCACCUUCAACUGGUUCCUGGUGGUGUUUGUGGACAGCGUGGUGAGCGAUAUCCUCUUCAAGAUCUGGGAUGCCUUUCUCUAUGAGGGUCCAAAGAUCGUAUUCCGCUUUGCCCUGGCUCUCUUCAAGUACAAAGAGGAAGAGUUUUUGAAGUUGCAGGAUUCCACAGCUAUCUUCAAAUAUCUUAGAUACUUCACACGCACAAUCCUGGAUUCAAGGAAGCUGAUGAACAUCGCUUUUGUAGACAUGAAUCCGUUCCCCAUGCGGCAAAUCCAGAACCGCCGCUCCUUCCACCUGGAGAAAGUACGUCUUGAGCUGACUGAGCUGGAGGCGAUCAGACAAACCUUCCUCAGGGAGCGGGAGACGAGUCAGGAUGGACGGAGUUUUGUCAGCGAUGAUGAGGAGGAUAACUGACCUGAAGCUUGUCGCAUUUCCCGGCCCUAAGGCUGAAGUAUUAAGACAAAGAGAUCAUCACCACCACACCAGUGAUGUGCUGCAAUUUGUAAAGGGAUUUUUUUUUUCCUAAAAGAUUGUUUUCUUUGGUCCUAGCCAGACCUGGAACAAUCAAGUUUUUAUACAUUUUAAGUGAAAUCCCAUCAAAAGACCAAAACAUUAGAGGCCAAAUGGGCUUUCAAUCAGUAUUCCUGCCAUUUUGUUUUUUGUUUUUUUUCUUUUUUUGUAAACACCUUAUUUGUCAUAUGCUUGUAUGUUUGUGUGACAGUACACUUUGUCCAUGGCUCUUCAACUUUCAAAGCCAAGCUAUGCUCUUGCAGUCCAAAUCAGUAUUUUCCAUAAUGUGUCUGUGAUCUUUUAAUAGUUGGCAAUUUUAUGCCUGUUGAAGGAUUGAUUGUAUUUUCUUGUACUCUUUGUUUUCAUUAGGAUUUAAUUCAAUUCCAAUUAGAGCAGGUCUAUACCAAACUCUUUCAUUUGAUUCUGUUAUAUAGAGAACCCAACAUUCCACCAUAAGCAAGCAUUUGGCGACAGUGGCGAGGAAAAACAGCCUUUUACAAGGCAGAAACCUCGGAGCAGACCCCGGCUCUAGGAGGGCGGCCAUCUGCCUUGACCGGUUGGGAUGAAAGGGAGAGGAAGAGAAGGAGCACGCAAACAGAGCUGCGUAGCAACGGCAAAAAUGUAGAUAUUUUGCUUUCUCUGUCCUCUCCAGUCAUUCUCAUAAAUGUCUUAAGGUUGUUUACCCAAAUCUUUUUUUAAUCCAUAUAUUUCUCACAUUGCCAUUCAACAACACAUCUUGUGGGUUUGAUCCCUGUUACCCUUGAUGCACUUGAAUCACUUAUGCUGAAAUUUAAAUUCUGCUGAAACUUUAAACUGAAGUAUUACAGCUCUUCUAAUCAUCAGGUCAUACCUAAAUUGCACAUAUCAUUCCAGCCUCUAGAAGAAGAAGUGUUUGGAGUUCAAAAGAAAGAACGAACACGCAGAGAUUUGUCAUCAAACCUGGGGUCAAAAACUAAAUCUUCUCAUGUGUUCGCUUGCAUAAACACAAUGUGGAACAUUUAAGGGAAGACAUUACUUUUUUUUAAAGUUCAAGAUUCAGAUCAAAUAAUUAUAGAUGCACAACGUCAACCAGUGGUUUUCAUUAUUCUGGUUUAUCCGUCCAGAUUUGGGUGAUUUUUUUUUUUUGAUUUUUUUAGAAUCACUUCUCUUAAUGUUUUCAGGUUAUUUUAUACUUUAGCACCACUUAAUUAUUUACAUUUUCCCAAAGACAUGAGUCCAGAAAGCUCAAACUGUUUUCCGCCUGCAUUAUUACUUCAACUAAAAACAGUUGUGUGAAGGCCACUGGAUUUGGAGAAUUGGCAUUACCUCAUUAUAUGAUUGUUUUGGUUUUUUUUUAAACUAUUCUAACAUUUGUGUAUGAAGACAUUUUUGUAGGCCUGAGAAAUACCCGUGCCUAUGUGGACUGCACCUCAGUGUUUUGUUGUACUGAUAUUUGUGAUUUUUUUUUAAACAUUAGUUUGGAUUGUUAGGUUUUUCCCAUGACUAAAACUUGUUUUGCUAGAUUUACAGCACAGGCCUAAUGCUGGGUUUACUUCUCUGAGCCCGUCUGAAAAUGCUGGUGUAUUUGCAGUCAUUCUCCUCUGUGUGGCAGUAUAACAUUUAUCCAUCCAGUGUUUACACCAGUUCACAGGUACCCUGCACACAAUAUGAUGUUUAUUAUGCUGUGUUUUACAUAUGAAUGAAAUGGCUGACUGUGAAGUCAGUCUGGCAUCAUGAGUUUUUUGGGGGUUUUUUGUGCAAAAAUGGUCAUUCAUGAGGGAAGUAUUUUAAGAGAUUGGUAGACAUAAGUAGCAACAUCUAUGCCUUCAAAGGUACUUACAGAUGACAGUUUACUCUUUGGCAUUGUGAUGAUAUUCUCCAGGUUAGCAGACCAAUAUGAAAAAGUUAGAUUCUUCACAGGCGAACUCGGUUAAUUAACAGUAACUAAUUAGUGAAACUGUUAUUUAAAUGGGAUUCUCGAAGAGAGGUUUUGUCCCACUUUGGCCCCUCUCUUAUGUGUUUUUGUGUUGUUUACAGUUAACUUUUAAUGCUUUUGUUUUCAUUUUGCUUUGAGCUGUUUACAGAAUUGCUUUCUUUUUUCUUUGCUAUGUUAUUGUCAGCCAUAGCAUCAUCCCUAUCUUUAUUUUGUUAGACCAAAUGACCUGAAGUUAUGAACAAAUGUCAGAGUUGCGGUUGUGUUGAUGAUGGAAAUGUGAAUGAAAAAGAAAAAAGGAGAAUUGAAUUAGUUUUUCUAAGUGAGAGCAGGUCUCUCUAGAGAUCAGAUUUUUCAACUUUAAUCAGUGUAAGAAAACAAAAGUUUUCUUAGGUCCACUCAUUUUGUCUAAGAGCUCAUACAGUAGGUUUUCAGUGUUUACUCACAUUUCAAUGCACAACUGCUCUGAGGCUGUCAGUUUGAUUUUCACAUUGAAUAAGCUACAUGUAAUGUUAUCUUUUCUUUCCUUCCUUUCUUUUGACAUCAGCAAUGUAUUGCACAAACGUAGUGACAAGAGGACUUCAGAAUAGUACAGGGCACUUAACUUUUUUGUAUGUAAAUCCUUAUGGUGUAUUUUCCAUUGUUAAUUGCUAUCAUUUAAGGAUGAAUAGUGCAAAGCUUUUGUGUUACAGCAUUAAGUACACACCACUGUAUGCCUUUGUAAUACCAGUUAAAAGAUUAAUUCAAUAAACAAGGCUGACUGAGUUA